ACAAAUCAACUAUUAGUGUUUGUAUGUGUGAGAAUACUAGACUCAGUCACUGGGCCAAAUCUUGUUGCACUAAAAUGGCAAGCUCAAAAUCACUUGCUAUGUUCUGCUUCUUACUUUUGACAAUGUUCACAAACGUUGCUCUCAAAGCCCAUGCUCGAGCAUUCUUCGUGUUUGGAGACUCAUUGGUUGAUAACGGCAACAACAAUUUCUUGGCCACAACUGCCCGCGCUGACAAUACGCCUUAUGGGAUCGAUUAUCCCACUAAACGUCCCACUGGACGUUUCUCUAAUGGACUUAAUAUCCCUGACCUUAUCAGUGAGAGCAUUGGUUCAGAAUCAACUUUGCCAUACUUGAGUCCAGCGCUUACGGGUCAAAAGUUACUCGUUGGUGCAAAUUUUGCUUCUGCUGGUGUUGGAGUACUUAAUGAUACCGGAGUCCAGUUUGCAAACAUCAUAAGGAUGCCAUCGCAAAUGGCUUACUUGGAGCAAUAUAAGCAAAGGGUGAGUGAAAUAAUCGGCCCUCAAGAGACAGAGAGGCUUAUAACCCAAUCUUUAACCCUCAUGACAUUGGGAGGAAAUGAUUUUGUUAACAACUACUAUUUGGUCCCUUUCUCCGCAAGAUCUCGACAGUUUGCAUUGCCCGAUUAUGUCGUAUACGUAGUCUCCGAAUACCGCAAAAUUUUAAAGAGGCUUCACGAACUGGGGUUACGUAGGGUUCUGGUCACCGGCACGGGCCCUUUAGGUUGCGUGCCAGCCGAACUCGCGCAACACAGCAGGAAUGGCGAAUGCUGGCCAGAUUUGCAAGCAGCAUCGGGUUUGUUUAAUCCUCAACUUCAAAAUAUGCUAGACAGUCUCAACAGAGAAGUCGGGAGUACUACCUUCAUUGGAGUCAAUAUUCGUCAAUCCAGCAUCGACUUCAUCUCCAACCCCGCAAAAUAUGGAUUUGUUACGUCCAAGGUAGCAUGUUGUGGGCAAGGACCGUACAAUGGAAUCGGACUAUGUACACCUGCAUCGAACUUAUGCCCCAAUAGAGAUAUAUACGCGUUUUGGGAUCCUUUCCAUCCAUCAGAAAAAGCAAACCGAAUCAUCGUUCAACAAAUUAUAAUGGGCUCGACCGAAUACAUGUCACCCAUGAACCUUAGCACCAUCAUGGCUUUGGACGCUGCAGAAAACGUGUAGCAGCCCCACAUCGAGGAUCUCUUGAUGAAUUCAAGCUAUGCAUCUAAGUAAUUUCAUCAUUCUUCAUCCAAGAUUUUGAAUUUUAAUGUUGGAUUUUGAGUUUAUAGGUUAUUGUGUGUCGGAUAUUGUAGCAUGCAUCAUGAAUAUUGUGGUAUCUCGUUUAGUUCUCUUUUGAAGCGAAUAAAAGUUUCAUGCC